AUGCUACCAGUCGACCCACUGAUCUUCUUCGGCGGCAUCGACGGGAAGCUCCCUGGGAAAUCCCUGGAGGAUUCUCAAGGAAUUCGUGACCUCUUAUGGCGAUGGUCAGCGCCUCACGUCCAGGGAUUAUGGGUUAACCUCCCUACGAUGAUCGACAGCUUUCCUCAAGUUCGCUUAACCCCGGAAUACAUCCAUGAGCUCACAGUGGACUCAGUGAAAUACUACUCGGUACCUUCCGUUCUACUGGAGGAAAUAGCUCAACUCUACUUAGCUAUGUACCAAAUCCUUCGUGCCUUCCAGACUCUUUUGGGAGAAGGCGACCGUCAACUCUUCGCUUUCGACCCAGAAUGGAAGAUGCUACACUUGUUAGCCUGGCACACCAACAAGAAAGAUAUCCUGCUUACCUUUGUAGUACUACAACGACGUUGCCAAGUCUGUAAUUCGCACAUUAAGGAAUACUUCAAUGCCAUGAGGAAGAUUUUCCUGCAAUCUGACGAACAACAAUCGGUCAGCACGUUGUACUCAACUAGGCCAUCUGUCCGUUCCCGAUUUGGCCAGGACGAAGCCCACGAAGAAGUAGGGAAACUCCUUCUACGAUCAGACUACGAAGCUGAGGUCCCAGCCGCGUAUCGCGAUGGAGUCAGUCGUAACGGAAGCUGCCGUAGCAGCCGCUAA